AUGUUGAUAGUAGCUACGUCAGUUGGUGGAUGCGGAUUGUCGAGUUCUAUAUAAAGAGGCCUUUCCCCUCCUAACUUGACUUGCAAAAAAUCAACUUUCAACUUGCAUUAGUGCUUUCGAAAUACAACCAUAGGAAUUUUCCAAUACCUCUUCACAUUUGAAUACUCAAAUACUUAAUCGCCCACAUAAAAUGUUCUUCCAAAACUUCUCCACGCCUCUCAUCGUCCUCUUUACCCUUCCUCCCCCUAGCGACAGCAGAUUUCUAGUAAGCAGCCCUCAUCCCUCACCAUCUCCCUAAUCCUUUCCCCCUCUUCUUAUGCCUUGUCAACCCUCAAAAAUUCUCACAAAUAAACCAGCAUCUACUAUGGCACUGUAGUCGACAUCUCCAACCCUGGCACAGUGGGAGCAGCCGACGCCGUGAUCCUCUUUCCGCAAAUUCCAGACUGCAGCACACAUAGCACGGGCUGGCUCUACAGCUUGUGGAACGAUAUCAAUGAAGGCGGAAGCCAAGGGUCAUGCGAUGGGUGCACGGCCAAGAAGAACGCGUACGAUAUGCCGAUUACUCGCCUCGAACUCCUGGAUGAAGAGAAAUUUCCUAUUACCACUGAGGCUUUGGAUGAUAUUGUAAGAGCUACUUUCCCCUUUCCGUCCAACCCUUUCUAUUUACUUAAAUUUAUUUCCAUAUUCUUUUUGAAUUUUGCGGGGAGAGAGUGCUGAUUGAGAUUAGGCACUCUACCAAGUCGAGAAAGAACCCGAACGCUUCGAUAUUCACUGGAAGAAACCUGAUGGAUCCCAUGGCAACGGCCACGAUAAGGGCUACUGCAUGCGUACGCAACCUCGAGACGCCGAUGUUUAG